GAAAGAUUUUGUGUCGUGUAUAAUUUUUGGUGCAGUUUCAAGCUGACAGCUGCUGACAUUUCAGUUAUGAACUUACGUCAUAUAAAUUUUGAAAGUCCAGUAAAUAUAUUCGCGAUAGCAAUAUUGGUCAAAGAUGUCCCCGAGAAAGCUGCAGUAUUUCGCAAACAUCGAAUAAACAAGUUUUAUACUCCCUAAUUCGCUUUUUAAUGUGUUUGUACUCGGUACACGUUGCCCAUUGGUUACUAUCAUUUGAUGAUGAAAAUUGAUUCAUAUAAGGUUUUCAAAUCUUAACACCCCCCUCAAAUAUUUUGGAUUUUCAAUUGACGCGCAUUCUGUAACACGAUAAAAUAAUUUCGCGUGUGUUUAAGACUUCAAAUAUAAUUGCUUAUCGUUUGCAGUAAUUUCAUUGCUUGCCGUAAUUAUAGUGUAUUGGCAAUAUGGGUUCAUAUGUCGAAAUACCUGUAGCUUCAAGCUAGUCAACAUGAAUUUGCUCUGAAUGAGAGGAAGAUGCAGUUGAAGAAGAAACAUAUUAUUACUGGAUGGACAUAAUGGAGUGGACACCAUUAAUGCAUGCUGCUAGAAAUGGUGAAGUGGAAACAGUUCAGAAACUCUUGAAAUCUAAAGAAAAAAUUCAUUUAAAAAAUAUGAUGGGAGCUAAUUUACUUACGUUAUCUGCUGCAAGUGGCAAUAAGUCAGUUUUUAAAAUGAUACUUGGAGAAAUGAAGAACAUGUCAGCUGAAAAUACGGUGGAUCUAUCUUGUGGUUUGCGGGUUGCUGCACUGUUUGGCCACACAGAUAUUGUCCAGUUCAUACUGAAUGCUAAAUGCGACCCCAAUGCAAAAGAUCCUGUGUCUGGAGCCACAGCACUGAUGCUAGCAACAUCAUGUGGACGCUAUUCUGUUGUGAGACUGAUUCUGGCAUAUGGUGCACUCGUUGACAGUACAAAUGUGUUAUGCCAGUCAGCUAUUGAUAUAGCUGAAUCAAAGCAGUAUAAUGAUCUUGUAGAACUCUUGAAAACGAAAGUAGCACAUGAUAGCAAAAAGUUUCGUCCCAACUUCUUGAUGCCUUUAGAAAUGCCAAAAAUGGAUUAUAGAGUCAAAGAAUUAGAUACAGUUUCAGGUGCCACAGAUAUCCUUUCAAAGAUAGCUGCUUCUCCUACAGCUAACAGGUUCAAUUUUGCAACAGAGGAAUUGUUGUCUCCUCAGACUACAUAUAUGCCAGAAGUACCAGACACCGGUUAUUUGUCACCUAUGACUUCGCUGCAAAUGUGUGGCUGUGAAACUUAUAGUCCUGGUGACUCCAUCUUUCUUUCUGAAAAUCAAGCCUGCGAGAAAACAGAUGACAAAACGAAACAAAUUGUUUCUCAGCCUGGUAAAGCAGUGGAAAUGGAGCGUUCGUCAAAUGAUGUGCGUUAUUACCUCAGUCCACACAAUUAUCAUUUCCCAAAAAAGUUUGAGGUUCCAAAAAAGCAAGAAUUUUCAAGAAACAUUGAGAAAAGCAUUCAGGAAGAAAAGUUUCAAGAAAAUUUUGAACUUUCUUAUAACAAAAUGUUUCAAUAUGACACGUGCAGUCAGCCCAGUUCCCCAUAUUCUCCUUCACCAAAUUCUCUUUCACCAACAUCAAGAAAUGUAUUCUCACAUAGUGACCCUUCUGUAAUUCAUGAACUGAAUGGUGGAACUGAGAGACAGAAACGUAAAAAGAAAGCCUUUUGGCAUGUUAUAAGGAGAAGGGUGCGCAGUCUUGCACAUGAUAAAAAUGGGUAUCAUUUUUACCAUCCUUACUGUGAUUCUGCUGUUUCUAAAAAAAACACAAUAUCAUCUCCUCGCAUUUGGAUAGAUGAUAAUCUGAAAUUAAAGUCUACUGAGGCAAAUCCAGAGGGAGAAAAGGAUGAGUCUACUUGUAAAAUGAUAGUAUCUCCACUUUCUUCCAAUGUGGAAUCUGAAAAAAGCUAUAAAAAUACACCCAUAUCUGUUCAGAAAGAAAGGCCGGUUAAAAGCGAGUUUAAGGAGUUCCUUUGUGCAAAUGGGCUUCAUCAUUUUAUUGACAUACUUUUUGAACAUGAGCUUGAUUUGGAGACAUUCUUUGAACUACGUGACAUGGACCUUAGAGAAAUUGGAAUAACCAGCAGAGAGGACCGCAGGAAGAUUCUGAAUGUUAUUGCUUCCCAAAGCCAUUACUGUACUUGACUUCUGUGAAUAGAUUUGUGUAAAAUAUUUAUUGAAUAACUCUGGACAAGGCAUAGUCCUUUGUGUGUGCGUGUGUGUGUGUGUGUUUGUUUGUUUUACUUGUUAUGUUGUAUAUUUGAUUUAAUUUUUAGAUGGCGAUUGACUAUAAUGUAAUUAAAAAAUGGACAGUAGCAA